AUGUUUCAUUCAAUAAUUCUACUUCUUGUCAAUUUAAUCAUUAUUAAACAAAUUUCAAGUGAAAAUCUAGGUGGAAUAUAUGUUAUUGAUGCAUGUGAAUGCAAUUCUCCAACGGAAAAUUGUGACUUAAAUGGACCAUUUAUAUUCGACCAACAACGUUCAACUCUUGCUAUUCGGUAUGGCACAGUACAAGUUGGCGUUGGUGCAUUAGAAAAUAAUCAUCUUGAUUUAUAUUUAAAUCAUAAUCCAUGCAAAGGUUUAUGGAAUGGGAAAAGUCGAGUUGCAAACAUAACAUGCCAACGAAAAGGAGGUGUUAUCUGUUCAACUAAAUUUCGUUGUGCAUCAGGUGCAUGUCGUGAAGCAAAAUCAUUGACAGCUACAUCAUCAGCAAUAAAAACAACUAUAUCUGUAUUAUCAAUUAUUAAUAGUUUAUUUAUUUUAUUAUAUUAG